UUCGGAGGAUAAAAAAGAGAAUCGCGGAAGUGCAGCGAGCUUGGUGAGUUUGCGGUGUCGAGCGGCCAGAAAAAUCGGCCGGCCAUUGAAUUUCGCGGAAGAUCAAUAAAAUUGAAGGUAGAAACAGAGCACGGUGGACCAAGGGUGGUGGGAUCAAGGGGCGGAAUAAAAUGGACCUCACCGAGGCGUUCGCGCCUGGUGCACCCGGCGAGGAUCUCGGGAAGACAGACUUUUUUGACUUCGUAGUAUCGCCACCGCCACACUGCGCAUCCGGCGGAGCCGGAGGUGUCGUAAUAACCGACGACGAUAAUUUUCUUCAUCGUACCUGUGCUCGUGGCAUGAGCUUUCUUCAUCAGGAUCCAAGACACGAUGACCACGAUAGUCGUGAUAUUCAUACGAGUAGCGGGGUAUCUUUUAUUAAAGAAACGAACAAUAAUACGUUGACGGCAUUGCCACCAGUAUCGACGAUAACCGGUUCUCUGAGUCAUCACAACGCGGUACGCAAUCACGGUUGUCCGGUCACCGGUACGGAACAAGUUCCCAUGGAUCAAUCCGACUGUGAUUAUUGGGGUGGCAGUGACGGCAAGGAACAAACGUGUAAUAUAUUGCUCGAAGAUUUGAACAAGUAUUGUUGGUCGGCGCAUACCAACAGCCAAGCUCAAAAUGACAACGUGGCUGUUGUGCACGGUGGUAACGAAGCUGGGCAUAGAACAUCGAACAGCGGAGGCUGCACCGGUAACGAUCGGCAUCAGAAUACGGACGGUGCGAUUUACACGCUGACAGUAUUGAACAACGAAGCAAAUUCGAUGGACGCGUUGGACUGUUGCAAAAGUCCGGCAGCUCCCUCCAACGAUUCAUGGUCCCUGCGGCCGAACUUGGAUCUCGACGCGAUAUUGAGUAUGGAGCCGAGUCCAGCGGAGCAGGAGCACGAUGUACAAAACUCGGUUAACGACGUGACGCGAACGGAGAGGUUCCACGUCAUAGCAACCCCGUCCUCGCAAUAUACGACCGACGACAGUGGCUUCGUCGAGAGCAAAGACUCGUGCGGUCGAGGACAGAACAACUCCCACGUCGACAACAACAACGAUUGGAAGCUUUCCGAUCAGAAUCAUCUCCAAGAUGCAGUCGCCGCGGCUGCAGCAGCCGCCAACGACUCCGCCGAGUCUCUUCUGCGGAGCGCCCUCCAGGGAAAAUUGUAUUCGGGUACGACGCAAAUCGCCUCGCCCUCGUCCUCGCAGUCCUCGACGAUGUCGUUAUCCGUGACGAACAGCACGGCGAGCAGUCUCCAACUGCUGCAGGAUCAGGGUCAACAACAGCAACAAAUGCAACAGGACGAAUCGAUGCACGGCUGUACGGAAGAGGAUCUGCUCCUUUCACAAUUGGAAACGACGACUUAUAGACCGGGCGAUUACGAGAAGCUGAAGAGCAUCGCGAACGAGGUCGUCGAAUCCUACUGCAAUCUUGAACCCGUGUGCAACGUAUCUGCUACGACAACGGUCAUGUACACGCUGGAUCCAACGAGCGGUAGCCUCGGGACGAUAACGCUUCCGGCGGAUCUUGGCCAAGUGGGUACGGUGACGGUUGUCACUGCGGCUCAACAGGACCAGCUGGUCCAGGCAGCGACAACGACGGACAUAACCCCGGUCACGACGACCACCACGAACAAUACUCAGAUUCCGAUAACUCCGUCUCGAGGUGGAGGCACCAAAGCGCCCAAGAAGUACAGCAGAAAGCCCAAGGGCUCAGCUGCCAAUUCGGCAAACGCCAACGGCAAUUCUGGCACUGCUUCUUGCAGCGGUAACGGUAACACGAGCAACGGACAAGCCACCAGUGGAAACGGUGGAUCCCCGGGAUCUUUACCCCGCAAGGAAAGGUCCCUUCAUUACUGCAGCAUAUGCAGCAAAGGUUUCAAGGACAAAUACAGCGUUAACGUUCACAUUAGAACUCACACCGGUGAAAAACCCUUCGCUUGCUCCAUAUGCGGCAAGAGCUUUCGUCAAAAGGCCCAUCUCGCCAAGCACUAUCAGACUCACAUUACUCAGAAACCAAACGUGGGCAGUGCAGGGAGCAGCGCGAGUAGCAACGCUAGUAACACCAGUCCGACUUGUACGGACGUCGUAACGAGUACCAGAACUCUUCCUGACUCAGCCACUGCGUGCAAUCCAUCCAGCUAGUUGUUUCAUCCAAUAUAUUACUUUCUUAUCCAUCAAUUCUCCCUCCCCGUCUCCGCUCCCUCGUCCCCCUUCGAAUGAAGAUACACGCGCGCACAACUCGCCCGUCCAACCUCUCCGUCCAGUGUGUCUUUAUUUUCUCUUUCUUUAUUCAUUUUAAUGAAUUUUAUUUUGUAUUAUCGUAGAGUGUACAGUAAACGCGCCCGCGCGCGCCCGGCAAUUUCUCAUCUCGACAUUGCUCGUUCCACAUUCCACGAGUCUGUCUCUGCUUCCCUCGUCACACAACACACACCACACACCCAUCGCCCGACUUGCCUCGUUGAAAACGAUUUAUCCUCUGCGCCUCGUAUGCUCCCCGCGCAUCCGCAUGC